CUCAAAUGCUCAAACCCAACGGUGUCAGCAUCGAGAAACAACCAAACAAAUUCCCCAAUUCUAUCCGUCACUUCUCGUAAUCCUAAUUCAAACAGCAAUGUCCAUCAUUCCAAGCUUUUUCUGUGGCCGCCGGAGCAACGUCUUCGACCCAUUUUCAUUGGACAUUUGGGAUCCAUUUGAAGGCUUCCCAUUUUCAGAUUCAUUUGCUAAUGCCCCCUCAUCUGCUCCCCAAACUUCUGCUUUUGCCAACACUCGCAUUGGUUGGAAAGAAACCCCACAAGCCCACAUCUUCAAGGCGGAUCUUCCGGGAAUCAAGAAGGAAGAGGUGAAAGUAGAAGUGGAAGAAGGCAGAGUUUUGCAAAUCAGUGGAGAGAGGAGCAAAGAGCAGGAGGAGAAGAAUGAUAAAUGGCAUAGGAUUGAACGAAGCAGUGGAAAGUUUAUGAGGAGAUUCAGGCUGCCGGAGAAUGCUAAAGUGGAGGAGGUGAAGGCUAACGUGGAGAAUGGAGUUCUGACUGUGACAGUGCCUAAAGUGGAAGAGAAGAAGCCUGAGAUCAGAUCAAUUGAUAUCUCUGGCUAAACGUUUAUCGUUCUUCCUUCUGUGUCUUCCCGGCCUGCUGGGAUGAGUUUGUAUGAAUAAUGAAUCCUCAAAGUUGGGCUUUUAAAUUUUUGCAUGUUCUGUAACUGUGAAGAGAUUGAAGAAAGUUGGUUCUAUGUAUGUGUAUGAUAUGCUAUCAAGGUCAAUAGAUAUAAUGGAGUUGUGAGUUUUUAUUUUUAAGAAAAUUGUAAAAUUCUUAAGCUUAAUUUCAUUAAUAAAUUAAAUUCAAAGA